UGAUUCAGUCGUGUAUCGUCUUAGGACCAGGAAGUGGGUGGUUCGCCGGCUUUCACAGAGAGUUCCAUGUCGUUUGCUGUGCUUAAACACGUCUGUUAAUCGGCGAGUGCAAUGACAAGCAGAGAUGUGAUGGGUUUAAUACUGGGAGAGGUAUGAUUUAAAUGGAGCAGCGAGAUCGUGAAUGGGAUAAAGGAUUGUCUGAGAUUAACUUUGCACACUUUACUUUGUAUGUUUUUCCGUCAUCAGCUGUUGGAAGUCACCGAUUCCAGUAAGUGUUACACUUUUUGUGUGCUUUGAAAGGCGUUGGUUGGAGAGCAGCGGUUGAAGAGUGACUGAAGGUGUCUCGUUUACCAGGUGCGGCGGGCGGUGGCGGGCGGUGAAUGCCGGAGUUGAAAGAGUGCUCCCUUUCACCCACUAGCUGCAAUGGCAGAGUCCAUGCAGCAGCCGCCGUCCAACAUCAACAGCCUGAAGGAACACACGCUAAAGAAAUUAAGCGACCUGUUGGACAAGACCAAUGGUCGUGGCUGGAGGAAGCUGGCGGAAAUCGUGGGAGCUGACAAGCGUUUCAAACUCAGCUCAGAUGACCUAGACAAAUGCUCGCUGAAAACGCUGGACCCAGAUGGAAGCCCCAGCCGAAGCUUGCUCCACUUGAUGGGCAGUAGGGGUGUUACCGUGAGAGACCUCUUGGAUUUCCUUCAAGCUAUGGGGCACACGGAAGCUUUUCAGCUUCUGCGAAUUUCAGCUUCAUUGAAGAUCCUCGUUCAGCCGGUUUCCCGGGCAGUUCUGGCUGGCCAGUCAGUGAGACUCUAUUGCGAAGCAACUGGAUAUCCAACUGUUGAAUAUCAAUGGUUCAGAAAGAAUACAGAGGUUCUGAAUGGUAACACCCCUGAGCUUGUGAUUAAUCCAGUCAGUAUAAAUGACACAGGAUGGUACAUCUGCAGAGUGAACAGUGGCUACGUUUUUGAAUUCAGUCUCUGGGCACAACUGGAGGUUUACAAUUUCAGUGCCACCUGUGGAACAAGAUUCUUUACCAAUGAGACCAGGCUCCAGAUUAUAAAUCAGCCACAAGCCCAAAAACUGAUGGUAGGGGAUACACUGGUGUUAGAAUGUACCGCAAUUGGUGUACCAAUGCCAUGUUAUCAAUGGCUGAGGAAUGGGGUACCACUCACCAAUGGCUCUGAAAGACAUUACCAGAUGAAUAAAAUUAAUCUGGACAACCAGGGGCAGUACCGUUGCCAUGUGUUCAAUGACAAGGCGGAACUAUGGAGUUCAGAAGUAGAAAUUGUUAUAGGGACCAGGCACAAUGCAUCAGUCGCAGUGGAAUGGGACGAAGGUAAACCUGGUGAGAUUGGAAUGCUAGAAUUUAGCCAAAGACAUUAUGCUACAGACAAGGUGGCUCUUCUGAUUGGAAAUAUGUCCUACUACAAUCAUCCUCAGCUAAAGGCACCAAUGGUGGAUGUAUAUGAAUUGACCAAUUUGCUGCGGCAGCUGGAUUUUAAAGUAGUGUCUCUAUUGGACCUUACCGAAUCAGAGAUGCGCAAUGCAGUGUAUGAAUUCUUACUCUUGCUGGACAAGGGAGUGUAUGGUUUGUUGUACUAUGCUGGACAUGGAUACGAAAACUAUGGAAACAGUUUUAUGGUGCCGAUUGAUGCUCCAAAUCCCUAUAGAUCUGCAAAUUGUUUGUGUGUGCAGAGUAUCCUAAAGCUCAUGCAAGAGAAAGAGACCGGAUUGAAUGUCUUUCUACUGGACAUGUGCAGGAAAAGGAACGUCCAUGAUGAUACGAUUCCAAGCAUGGAGGCCUUAAGAGUGACAGCCAAUAUUGUGUUUGGAUAUGCAACCUGUCAAGGAGCAGAAGCCUUUGAAAUUCAGCAUUUUGGAUUAGCAAAUGGUAUUUUUAUGAAAUUCCUGAAGGAACGUCUGCUGGAAGAUGAAAAGAUCACGGUGAUGCUUGAUAGAGUUGCAGAAGAUAUGGGAAAAUGUGAUCUCACUAAAGGAAAGCAGGCUCUGGAAAUUCGCAGUAGUCUAUGUGAGAAAAGAGCUUUGACGGACCCUAUCCAUUCAUCAGGCUGCUCUGCAGAAUCGUUGGCUCGGAACCUGCAGUGGGCGAAGGCUCACGAACUACCUGAAAGCAUGUGGCUUGAGUUUGAAUGCGGUGUCCAAAUUCAACUUGGGUUUGCUGCUGAGUUCUCAAAUGUCUUGAUAAUUUACACUCGAAUUGUGAAGAAACCAAAGGAUAUUACGAUGAGUAAGGCUUACGUCACGGAUUUUCCACCGGACUUGGAUAUAGAUCCUAAGAAGACAAACAAAGGAACUCCAGAAGAAACAGGCAGCUAUCUACUCUCUAAGGAUUUACCAGAGCAGUGUCUAUACACUAGAAUGAGUGCCUUGCAGAAACUAAAGCAGCGGCUGAUGUUCACAAUCUGCCUUCACUACCAGUACCAUGGACUUGAUGAGCCUGUGGAAGAAGUCAAGGAAGUGGAUGUGGGCAAACCACUCAUCGCAAAGCUGGACAUCCACCGUGUCUUCAGGAGGAAUAGCUGCAUCGUGACUUGCCCCAUGCCUCACAGCCCAGUCCACAGCCCUUCCCACAGUCCAGUUCACAGCCCAGUUUUUUGUCCAGAAUCUGAGCAUUACCACCACCACAGCCAAUGUUUUCAAAAUAAUUCUCAUCUCGGGGUUUACAACCCAAAUUCAGCCAUGAUGGGUGCCAUGGGUUGCACUGUUGGUUUUGAUAGCUCUACUUAUGCCGAGUUUGCACACAUAGCAGGGGAGGGUGAGUGCAGCAGUAGCCACACAAGAGAAAUCAAUGUCCCUGUUGAGAGCGAUAUCAAUGAUUUGCAGUCCGAUUUCUCCAACAGCCUACAGUUUACUGAUUGGCAACACAAAUAAUCCUUCUGAUUAUACUGUGGAAGAUUUAACACAAGAUCAAGGUUGGAUCCUUCUUGGAGAAACGAGAUGCAUAUUAAAGAUGAUUGGAAUUUCCAAUGAUUGUACUGUUUUAAAACCGGCCACAAAGAAUGCCAACCAUCUGAAGUUGCUUCAAUCACAGAGGAGAGCUUUUAAAGGACAACGGUUGAAUAAACUAGCACCAUAGGUUUGUAAUUAAUCUAGAAUGGACCUCUGAAUAAAACAAAUGGACCAACAUUUCCCAUUCCCCAUGUUAAGUAUAAUAUAAACCUGUUUAAUUUAAAUUGGUAAUAUUGCUUCAGAUUUUGACAGUGUUGCACAAUGUUUCAUUCUUGUAUUUCUAUUUCUAACCACAUGUAUUAUUGUGACCAAUUAAUGACAAAGAGCUGAUUUUCAUUUGAGCAACUGUACAUUCCUAUCUCAUUAUUAUCACUGUGCCUGUGGGGGUGUGGACUGCUCAGGCUGGAUUUGAAAUCAGUGGUGAAGUAGGAAGACGGCAAGCUGGAACGUCACGCUCCCCAAACUUGAACCAACAUUUAACCAAUGUUUUGUUUCUAUUUCUCAGUAAUGUAAAUAAACCUAAAACCAUAUCUGUCAAA